GGAGUGAGGGCUACAGGCUAAUAAGGGUUCACGCCAGCCAGGACCCACUGCCCCCUGAGCGAUUCCAGGGACCUUGUGGAUGCCAACCAGCAAAACUCAACCCAUAGAUGAGCCACAGCAUGAAAGGAAGAGCCCCACCCUCACCCCAGGUUCUGUAGGGAAGAAGCACAAGAAGAAGAAGGACAGGAAAUCGCUACCUGCAGAUGAUGUUGCUGAUAUACAGUAUACAGAGGAAUUUUUCAUCAAACCAGAAUCCCGGGUGGCUCAGCUGGACACAUCUCACUGGCCCUUGCUGCUGAAGAAUUUUGACAAGCUCAAUGUGAGGACUGCGCACUACACUCCCCUUCCAUCUGGUUCUAAUCCACUGAAGAGGGAACUUGCUGAGUAUGUUAGGUCGGGUUUCAUUAACCUUGAUAAACCGUCCAACCCUUCUUCCCAUGAAGUAGUUGCAUGGAUCCGGCGCAUUCUUCGGGUUCAGAAGACCGGGCAUAGUGGGACACUAGACCCUAAAGUGACCGGGUGCCUGAUUGUGUGUAUUGAGCGAGCAACACGAUUGGUCAAAUCCCAGCAGAGCGCAGGCAAAGAGUAUGUGGGAAUUGUUCGGCUGCACAAUGCUAUUGAAAGUGAGACUCAACUUGCCAGGGCAAUAGAAACUCUGACAGGUGCACUGUUUCAGCGUCCUCCCCUCAUCGCUGCUGUAAAGAGGCAGCUGAGAGUCCGAACCAUCUAUGAAAGCAAACUAGUGGAAUAUGACCCUGAGAAGAGAUUAGGCAUCUUCUGGGCAAGUUGCGAAGCUGGCACUUACAUCCGAACACUGUGUGUCCACCUUGGCCUGCUGCUGGGAGUCGGAGGCCAGAUGCAGGAGCUCCGGCGAGUGCGCUCAGGAAUCUUGGGGGAGAAGGACAGCAUGGUGACUAUGCAUGAUGUGCUAGAUGCUCAGUGGCAGUAUGACAACAACAAAGAUGAGAGUUAUCUGAGGCGGGUUAUCUUCCCCUUGGAGAAGUUGCUAACUUCGCAUAAGCGGUUGGUGAUGAAAGACAGCGCGGUUAAUGCCAUCUGCUAUGGAGCCAAGAUAAUGCUUCCUGGUGUCCUGAGGUACGAAGACGGCAUUGAAAUUAAUCAGGAAAUAGUUGUCAUCACUACUAAAGGGGAAGCCAUUUGCACAGCCAUUGCCUUGAUGACCACUGCUGUGAUUUCUACCUGUGAUCAUGGGAUAGUGGCAAAGAUCAAGAGAGUAAUCAUGGAAAGAGACACUUACCCCCGCAAAUGGGGUCUUGGCCCAAAGGCAAUUCAGAAGAAGAUGAUGAUCCAGCAGGGCCUGUUGGAUAAGCAUGGCAAACCCAAUCAGAGCACGCCAGCUUUUUGGGAGAAGGAAUAUGUAGACUACAGGAUCACUGUAAAGAAAGAAGAAAAAGCCACCACAUCUUGCGAGGCAGAGAGGACACCAAAGCGAAAGCGAGAGACUGAAAGCGAAAGUGAAGAGGUGACAGUGGCUACCUUGUCUCCAACUACUCCAGAGCCUGAGGAGCUGAGCAAGAAGGAAAAGAAAAAGAAGAAAAAAGAAAAGAAGGCCAGGGAAGCUGGAGAGAGUGCAGGCGAGCAAAUGGAAGUGGCUGGUGAAAGCAGUGCCAAGAAAAAGAAGAAGAAGAAAAAACAAAAGGAGGCUGAAGAGAGCUCUGAGUAAAACUGGUUUCUGGUUGGGGAGGAGGAACCUGAGAACGAACAGCUAUUCCCCCAGCAGGGCAGAAAGACUGACGACGCAGCGAGGGUCCUGCAGUGUGACAAGGCCCCUCAUCUGCUGCUUGCACGCAAACAGGAGAAUAUCUCUGCAAAGGGCCAUAGCCUACUCACUGUAAGCCCUCUUCAUCCUGUUUUAAGGGUAACGAGGGUAGGGAGCACAAACAGCCACUGCACUGGACUGUUAGAAGCUACCACAGACUGGGCACCUUGUGCAUAGAAAUGGUGUCCUUGGGGCAUCAACAGCUCUGGCUACAAAUAGGUUAUCUUAACCAGUGUUUCCAGCUUCCACCACAAAUGGGGAAUAACACUUUCUUUCCCUUGUUCUACCUUUCUCCUUUGUUCAGUGCUGAGAGUCAUUACCCCAGACAGUUGCCAAAUGCUUUUAAAGCUGAAUGGGGUUGGCUUGAGGUACUUGCUGAGGAGAGCAUGGGGGGGAGGCAGGAAUUAAAAUACUUUUGACUGACUUGACUAUUUUUACAUGCUUUGGUUUUAAUCUUGCCAUGUAUUUGGUUUGACCUUCCUUCUGGAGUCCAAACAUUUUCCCAAAAUAUUUUUGGUGUUUUUUCCUCUUUAUGGAGUCCCUAGAGACGGAGGUGAGACACAGUCCCAUCUCCCCCCAUCAAAAUGCAGCUAUUUCCUGAGGUGAGCUGUUGUUAGCAAGUGGUGGGUCUCUGAUACUGUCAGACUGUCCUCAUGCUGUUUUAACCCCUUAGUGAAGGGAAGGGCCAGGCUGCUGUGUGCUGAGUAUCACUUGCUGCCCAGCUGUGUAGUGGCUUUGUGUAAUCUUUAAUUUGUCUCCCUUUUUUCCCCUGUCCAGUGCUAGGGAGGUGUGUGCAUGGUGUAUGCAGAAGGUGGCCAUUAGGAAUUUAAGCAGAAAAAGGUUGUGAUUUUUUUAUUUUUUAUAUAUAUAAAAAAAAAUUAAAAAAACUAUUUUUCAUCA